CCGCGCCCAGGGCGCAGCGGCUGCGCCCUGUCCUCAGGGCGUGGGCGAGUUGGCCGCGUGUGCCUCUCUGCUUGACGCGAGGAAGAGCCAAUCAGUACAAGCUGCCAGGACUGCCAUGUGACGGGCGAGGCGGCCCCUUUCUCCAGCGCGGCCAGAGGCUCGCUUAGGAGCUUUCGAGAGCAGCGGCCGCGGAGGAGGCGGCGGCGGCGACACAGCCUCUGGGCUAGCUCGGCGUCCUGCGCGGCGGAAAGCUCGGCGGGCCGCGGGAGCCGCAGGACCGGAGUGGACAAAGCAAGAUGGCAGGGAUCUUAGCCUGGUUCUGGAACGAGAGGUUCUGGCUCCCGCACAAUGUCACCUGGGCAGAUCUGAAGAACACGGAGGAAGCCACCUUCCCGCAGGCUGAAGACCUCUACCUCGUCUUCCCUGUGGCCUUCUGCAUCUUCAUGGUGCGGCUCAUCUUCGAGAGAUUUGUAGCCAAACCAUGUGCCAUAGCCCUCAAUAUUCAGGCCAAUGGACCACAAAUUGCCCAGCCAAAUGCCAUUCUGGAAAAGGUCUUCACGGCAAUUACAAAGCACCCUGAUGAAAAGAGAUUGGAAGGGCUUUCCAAGCAGCUGGACUGGGAUGUUCGCAGUAUUCAGCGCUGGUUUCGACAAAGACGCAACCAGGAGAAGCCUAGCACACUGAGGAAGUUCUGUGAGAGCAUGUGGAGAUUUUCAUUUGCCAUUUAUGUAUUUACCUAUGGAGUCCGGUUCCUGAAAAAGACUUCCUGGUGGUGGGAUACUAGGCACUGCUGGUACAACUAUCCCUAUCAGCCACUCACAUCUGACCUCCACUACUACUACAUCCUGCAGCUGUCAUUCUAUUGGUCUUUAAUGUUUUCCACGUUCAUUGAUAUCAGAAGAAAGGACUUUGGGCUUAUGUUCCUGCACCAUGUUGUAGCUGUUUCCUUGAUUGCCUUUUCAUAUGUCAACAAUAUGCUCCGAGUAGGGACCGUGAUCCUUUGUCUUCAUGAUUCAACUGAACCUUUUCUGGAGGCUGCCAAAAUGGCAAAUUAUGCCAAAUUUCAGAAAAUGUGUGAUCUCCUGUUUGUUAUGUUUGCCAUAUUUUUCAUUAGCACUCGGCUUGCUAUAUUUCCUUUCUGGGUAUUAAAUACUACAUUAUUUGAAAGUUGGGAGAUCGUUGGACCUUUCCCUUCCUGGUGGGUUUUUAACCUACUGCUGUUGCUUAUACAAUGGAUGAGUGGCGUCUGGUCUUACUUGGUCAUAAAAGUAGCUUACAAAGCUCUUUCAAAAGGCAAGGCUGGGAAGUGGAACCCUUUACAUGUAUCCAAGAAUAAUCGAAGUGAUGUUGAGUCUAGCUCAGACGAGGAGGACUCGGAACCUCCAGGGAAGAUUCCCCACACUGCAACAGCCACCAACGGAACCAAUGGUACCAAUGGGUACCUCCUGACGGGCGCCUGCCCCAUGGAUGAUUAAUUACUCAAAACUACAAAUCCCAAACAAAGCCAACUGUUUGUUCCUGGAAGUAUUUAAUAAAUUGCAAAUGCAGUUCCUUUCAUAAUCUCUCAGCACCAGAAACAAAAAUUAGGAUUAUCAAAGCAUUUUGAUAGUGCACUGCCAUAUGUUGUGUCUGUGAAUGAAGAAUUACCAUUCUCUAUAUGUAGGCAUGCUAUAUGUAAUUGACAAGGGAACAGUAUUUGCUUUUGUACUGUCUUAGGAUAUUAUUUAUGUUUUGUAUUUGUUUGUAAAUCUGUGGACAAAGGAGGAUUUCCUCACUCCUUUUAUCUCUGACUCAUGACAGUGAGGGAGAUGCACCAUCUGCUUCUCCCCCUUUCUAUUGCCGUAGCCCAGGCUGUUAAAAGCAUCAGCCUAAUUUGUCACUUAGAGCCAGCAAAACCCGUGCAAGAUUCCCAUACAGCUCCGAAUAGGUUUGCUUUCUUUGUGUUAUACUGUCCAUUUUCAAAUGCCUUUACAGUCUUAGCGCCCAGUCUCCCAGCAUAAAGUUUAAACAUGAUGAACUAGGUUUUUAAAUUGUUGGUCUCCAUGGUCAAUUAGCAAUUGGAAUUAAAGAGGAUAGUUUGGGGAAGACGUUUUUAAGAAUUGAUUUUGUAUUAAAUUGCUUUCAAAAAGACUUCAUUUCUUAUGCACACAGCCAUGAUCUCUUCAAUGAGUGUGAUAGUUACUUAGGGAUUAAGUCAUUACCUUGUAUAUAACAGAGAUUUCUUAAUUCUCUAUGAUGAGGACAGUGCACUGGCUCUGAAGGAAGACAUGUACUUAAGGGCAUAAUUACAGAUAAAGAAUUCACUCUAAAUUUUGAGAAUCUGUCCCCGUGAGCUGGACAUAACAUAAAAAGGGCAACUGAUUUCAACCUGGUUUUGCCACUACCCCUGAAAUUACCAGUCUUCUAUCAUGUCAUGAAUUUAUUUGGGGACAGAAAAAGGAGACUUUCAAGAGUUGGCAAAGAACACUUCCAUUGCAAAGCACUUUAUUUCAACCAGCUUUGAAGAAAAAGCCCUAUCUGGUAUUUUAUCUCAAUUUUUUUAUUUUGCUGAGGAAAAUAAAGCCAAUGGGAAAAAGAGUACUUUACCCUUUGUUUUUCUCCUUAAAUAUAACCCAAAAUGACUCUCCUGCCACUGGAAACUGAGCAGCACUACACUCCAAGUCCUUUUGCUUCCUUCUUUGAAGACUUGUUCAGUUUCCAGGAAUAUUUUUUCAAGUGGAGCUAUUUCCAGAAAAAUAAUUAAAAUUCUGUUGGGCCACAGCAAUACCAGCAAUGAGAAAGAUUACUGAAAAAUAUGUUCCCAUGAUUCUCCUACCUGGCAGUGUUAUUUGUAUAUAGCUAAGAAAACUAUAUACAUUAACCAAACAUUUUAUCUCUUUUUUCCCCACUUCUAGUAAAUAGGAAUGAAAAGAUAUUAAAAAUAGUUAUUUUAUAAAUGGAAAAGACCAUCAUCUAAAAUAGGAGUCCACAGCAAAAUGCAGUAAUAUAAAUGAGUGAAUGAGGGCUUGGUGAAGAUGAGCAAAAUUCUUGAGAGUAUGUGCUUCAUUCAGAGGCUUUCACAUUCAAUCCAAUUUCGAAAAAUAAAAAUAAAAUAAAGCUUUGUGCCUAGAAUUUGCAACUUGUGAGUUAAUAAUUAAAAGAAUGCUCCUAAACAAAAGCCUCUUACAAUAAUAUUGGAUCUGUUCCCCCAUAUGUUUACAAAAAUAGUAUGUUUCUGGCAUGGUCCUUAGUAAUAAUUGAAGAGAAUUAGAAAUACGUCUACUUGUUUACUGAGAGAACAGUGCAACUAAAUUCUGCUUGUAAAGCUUUAUAUUUUUUGUUUCACAAAACACAGAUUUGUCUAGGUGUGUAAUUUGUGGAUGGUUUGAGUUUGCAAGACCAAGCGUAAACGUCAGAAGUGCUUAGUCUUCUGAACAUCCUCUAAGAUGCAAAGAUACAUAAAAAGCUAUAACUAACAUGUUAUAACUGAAAAAUUUUGAGGAGAUAAGUUUCUUUUCUUAUCAACUAAAACAUGGAACAGAAGAAUGAAUUCUACCUUGCUUUAGUGUCUGUGGCAAGUCCUGUUAAUAGGUUAAAUGAACCAGAGGGAAAACAGUGUGCUCAGAUUUUGAUCAUGUGAUACUCUUUAGCACAGAAUAAUAAUUUCAGGAAGAAUAGCUUGGAAAUUGAAAGUUUAGAAGAGUUGUAUAAAAUUAAGUAAAUCGCAUUUGUCCUUUGCAAAGGCAAACCUAAACAAUGUUUUGUUUUGGCUUCCCCAGAAGUCACUUAAAAGAGGACUGGGAAGACAAAAAGCCUCUCUUACCAGUGGCAUUAACUGACUACAGUUCUUUAUGUGUCUAUAGAUGUUAUUUCACUUUACAUUUUAGAGCAAAGGGUUCUUUUAGGCUAAUCAAAAUGGAGUUUGUAGGCCUUUGGAGGAGAAUAAUAAUAUAUUCCUGUCUACUCUUCUCAAAUUCCCAUAACGGCCAGAUAAGGCUGGGAGAGAAAAACAUGAGUUACUUAUCUUCCGCCUGGGCCAGGCCAUCAUUUUGGAAGCAUAUUUUGUCAGUUCAACUGUGGGUUAGUGUGAGUGAUGUUUCCUGUUAAUUAACUUAGCCUGUGUUGAUAUCCCUUCUUCCUGACCACUUUCAACCUAUGCCGGGGUACAAAGGGAUAUGUAGGAAGGAGUCUAGAAAAAGUAAUAUUUUAUUCUCCAAUGUUCUAGCUUUUCUAGAUUGCUUAGAAGGUGAAAAAGUAAAAAACCAAGUAUUGACCUUUGGUCAAUAAAUGAUAUAAAAUGUGUGGUCUAGGUAUGCAUUUGUCUGUUUAUCCAAAAACUGAAAGCUCAUUGAAUCAUCCUUAUCCAAACAUUUUUUCAUAAAAACCGUCCACCACGUACAAAGAACCUUCCCCUGUCCUUUGUCAAUCCUGUGUUCAUGCUGCUGACACAGCUGGGAGUGAAGAAUCCUUUCAGCCUCUUGGCCACAGAGCUAAAUAUGGUAGAGUCAAGGUCACAGAGGACCUAAGAUCAGCAGAGAAACCAAAUACAAUUCACAUAUCCAAAUUUAGUCAUAUGGACGUUAAGAGUAGGGGAGCAACUAUCAGUAUUUUAGAUUAUUAAAGUAUACAUUGUAAAAGUGUAUAUGAUUGCUGCCUCACCCCAGGAAUUUAUUAAUUGAACUUAUUAAUUCAGUUUUUACUGGGCUGCUAGACAAGAUGGUGUCCUGAGGGACCAUCACAUAAUGAAACUGGCACCUGACAGAGAUAAACUAGGCAGAAAAGGUAGCUCCGCAGAGAAAGCAGGAAGUUGGAUGAGAGGUAAGAAGCGAGAUAAAAUCAGAUCACCUCUAACCAAAAUGAUGGGUGAACUUCAAAAUGUCCAGUUCUGUUGCCAAACUUUCCAUUCUGAGUAUCUGGUAAGAGUUUGAAAUCGAGCAAACUGAGAGGAUCUGAAUCUUCUGCUUUGUGUAUUUCAAACUCAUUGUUAUUUGGGCUAAAGUUAAAAACUAGAUUUCAUUACAGCUGAGCUGAGGCUUUGCAAAAGUGCUCAUCAGAGAGAACUUUAUGGACUCCUGUGAUUGUCUUCAAUCUGUUCAUGAUUUUGCAUUGAGAGUUAUUUUUUCUCCUUUCUUGGAAAUGUUAAUGCCAAAGUUGCCUGAAUAUUUGAGUAUUUUUCUUAAUUUGAAGUAUAAAAAGCAUACAGAAUAAUUCCAAAGGUAUUAAAAGAUCCUGUUUAUCAGUAUGUGUGGUAAUGUCAUUGUGUCCAGAGAGGCUUCAAGAAAUCCUUUGGAAAUAAAAGAUUAAAUGUUUACGUUUCAUGUGGUAUUUGAGGUCUUUAGAUGCUAGUUAGCUUACUUUCCUGUCUUUGUCUUUGGCUAACUCCUGCUUUGUAGAUGAGUAAUAGUAACCCUGAAAUGUUUCUGACAUCCAAAUAAGAAAAAAUCAAACCAGAUUGAAGUCAGCCUCAUGGGAAAGGGAUCAGAAGGCACCUUCAGUUUCUAAGUAACUUGUAUGGAAAGAGAGCCUGAAAUUCCCUCUCAAGAUAUUUUUCUUGUCAUCUAGCCUGCUGUCCAUGGAAGGAAUAUACUCAAUAAUCAUAAACCAUUCUUGAACUCAUGCAAAAUGCAGCAAGAUAUAUUUUUAAAUGAAGUUGUUACCUCCGGAGUCCGUUUAGGAUCUCUUGAUAAAAUAAUAUUGUGGCAUCCUCAAAUUAGCACUGGUUCACUGCAGCCGCAUUGUAGUUUUUCAUAGUAACAGGCCAGAAGGGCCCUGUGGUUUUUUCCUUUCAUCUACUCUGGCAGUUCUUUGUGUGCACAGCCCCCUACCCUCCUCUAGGGGGUGCUCAAGAGGUGCCAUGGAGGCCUAUCUGCCCUGCUGUUGGAACUCCCCUAAGAUGUACUCAGAGGUAUCACACCUGAUGCUGGCUUUCAGGAGAAAAGUGUUGAGAGAUUAUAAAACAUCAUAAAAUAACUGUUAAUAAGAUAUGCAGGAACCUAAAGGAGAACCUGUUAAUCUUUUCCUACUCUUUCCAACGUGAGUUCCCACUGAAAGCUUUGGAAGGAAAGCAUCACCAAAAGGCCGCAGAGAAGACUCCACCAAGUCAAAAAAAUAAGGUCCCUGCUGCCAGAUGGAAUGUAUUGUCUCUACAAGACUAAGCAGGAUGUGGCGGGAGGGGAAGCUAGUCUAACAUCGGUCUUGUUUAUCUCAGUUCAUCAACAUUACUUUCCGCCUCCUGGUCCUCUUGAUAAAAGAAAACUGGGAUAUUAUCGCUUUCCUGCUAAGGAUUUGCCAAUAGUGUUUGGAUCAAUUAUGUACCCACACCUCCUCCUCUGCCUGGUUCCAUUUUUCUGAAAAAGUAUUGUGGCCACAUGUGUGUGUUUCUGUACAACAUGGGUCCAUGAAAACUUGGCUUUCUAUUUUGGCAUAUGUUGCAUGUCCAGGAAACCAGGAAACAAAAGCUGUCAGUCUGGUUUCUGUGUUCAGUUAAAACAGAUUUUUAUCAAGACAUUUUUUUUUCUGUCCUUUUAAAACUACCGUUGGAAAAUUAGGGAUUUUUGACGAUUGGUCAAAAAAACAAAAAUAGCUCGGUAAUAAGAACAGUUUUGUGGCAAUUUUGGGGCUUUAACCUAAGCUUCAUUAAUUUAAACAUGCUGAGCACCCUCCAACUUUGAUUUCUGAAAGUUUCUUAAAGGCCCUAAGCUCAUUAUUUUCAACUCUUUGACCACAAAGUCGUUUACCUCCACGGCCAUUUGUUGUCAUGGAAGGGAGUAGUGAUUAAUUUUUUUAAUUUCUUUCCUUCUUUCUUUCUUUCUUUCUUUUCUUUUUCUUUCUUUCUUUCUUUCUUUCUUUCUUUCUUCUUUUUUUCUUUCUUGCUCUCUCUCUCUUUCUUUCUUUCUUUCUUUUUUAACUUGCAGUGAGAAAUAGGAUAGAUGACCAAAUCUUACUUGUUUUUCUAAGGCAAUUCAGUGCUUGGGCAUCUCUGUCAGGCAUGGAAUGGUAUACUGUUAGCCAAUUAGAAUUAUUUUAUGUAUGGUUAUUGUGUUUUGCUGAUUUUUAUAUGAAAAUAUAAUUAUUCAUUCUUGAUCUCUGGAAGCAAUCAUUAUUAUGAGGAUCAUUUUACUUU